CUGUGAAUGGCUACUUUGGAGCUUCUCUGUGUACAGUUGACGUGAAUAAUGACGGAUUGGACGAUCUCCUGGUAGCGGCACCAUUUUACAGUAAAGGUGAGCGCGAGGAAACCGGAGUUGUUAUUGUAUAUCUUGGACAAGAUCGUGUUGGACAAGGUUCCAUGACUUUUCAACCUAUGACAUAUACUUUGACCGGAAGUGACAGUUCUGGUGCGCGAUUUGGCACUGCAAUGGCUAGUUUAGGAGAUAUAAGUAAAGACAAAUAUAACGAUAUAGUGAUUGGCGCCCCCUAUGAGGAUGACCUGAGAGGCGCCAUCUAUAUAUAUAAUGGUUGUAAAACGGGUGUGUGGCCUCACUUUUCACAAAGAAUUGAGGCAGACUCUUUUCGCGAUGAACUCAGGUCGUUUGGAUUUUCUUUCUCUAAAGCAGUAGACAUGGACAAUGAUGGUGUAAAUGAUAUAGCAGUAGGGGCAUACCUCUCUGAUAAAGCAUAUAUAUUGUUCGGUCAAUCUGUAAUCAACAUAGAAAUUUCACUAGUGCCCAGUGUCAGCCAGAUAGAUAAAGAUACCACCCAGUUAUGUCCAUCUACAUCUGGUACAGAUGUCGUACCUUGUUUCAGGGCCAAUGUUUGCUUUUACUACAUCUACAGGCAAUUCAACACUAUUGAACUGAAUGUAACCCUAGAGUUAGACACUUAUAUGUGGGAGUAUAACAGAAUAGCUUUUCAGUCUAAUGGAGGCAAUGUGGAUAGUUUUAUAAAGAAGAUAUUUUCAGGGGGUAGAUCAUGUAUUGGUGAUAAGGAUAUUCUGAUCAAGUCAACAUCCGACUUGGUGACACCUGUUCGAAUGAAAGCCAGUUAUGAAGUAUUGAGCAUACCAGGGAGUGCUCGUGUCCAGCCCACUAUCAAUAAAUUCGACGGAGAAACCCCAGACAAGCAGAUACUAAUAUCAACUAAAAUUGUAAGUGUAUUCAUAAGGCCUAAAAAUUGUGUUGUAAGGAUAAACAUGCUCUCCAGGAAUAGGUAGAGUAGGUUUGAUUUU